AUGAAGAGUGACAAGCUUGUUCUCUUGGAUGUUGGCAGUUGUUUUAAUCCAUUCCAAGCAUUUUCAGAUAUAUUUAUACCCCUGGCUAUUGACCUUUGUCCUGCUGACAAGGUGAGUUUAGAUAUAUAAUAAUGAUGUACACUGCAUAGGUACACUGAUACAGUGACGUGUUAAAGUGCGACUAACCCCAAAUAUCAUUUUUGCUAUGUGUAAUAUUUGAAGAAGAAAUGUAAUAUAUCUUUAUAGUAGAAAAUCUCAUCUUCAUCAAUUUUUUCACUGUCAAAGUUUCUGGAUAUGAUGUCAUUAGGUGAAUGUUUGGUACAAAAAACAAAGGAAAACUAAUUUGCAAUUCACCUAAUGAUAUCAUACGCGGAAACUUCUUUGACAGUGAAAAAGUUGAUCAAGAUGGGAUUUUUUAUUAUAAAGAUAUAUUACAUUCUUCGAAUGACCCAAAUAUUACACAUACAAAAAAUCAUAUUUGGGGUUAAUCGCACUUUGACCUUUAAACGUGAUCAAACAUACUUUAACAUACUUCUCCUUACAAAACUGUAUGUAAUUAAAGUACACAAAUGUCUUCAAAUGAGUUAACUUAGUGACUUCUUUAAUGGUUUGUUUAAGAGGAAAAUUUACAUUGUUAAACUUUUUUAGCACACUCAGUCUUAAAACACUCCACCUUUGUUCUAGUCUGUGUUUGCUUGUGAUUUCCUAUUCCUCGAUAUCAUUAAAGACACUAACUUCUUAAGCAAAAACAAUUCAACCUCUCCCUGCUCUACGUCUACGAUGCCAAGUCAUUCCUGCUUUCCAGAGCAGAUACAAAACUGUAUCGACAAUGGUAUCACUAAAAUCACCAACCUUCCACAGAACAGUUUUGACGUGGUGGUAUUUUGUCUACUGUUGAGUUACCUUCCUGCAAAGGCACAGAGAUGGACUUGCUGUCUUAAAGCGCACAACUUAUUAAAAGAUAAUGGACUGCUCAUAAUUAUCACACCGGAUUCCAGCCACCAAAAUAAAAACAUGGCAAUGAUUAAGUCAUGGAAAACUGCCAUUGAAAGUAUCGGGUUUUUAAGAUGGAAGUACCAUAAGGAUCAUCAUACCCAUUGUAUGGCUUUUCGCAAGAAGACAAUUUGCACUGGGGAUGAGGCUGAAGGGGCGCCUCGGAAAUGUCCCCAUGAAAUGUUGUAUAUUCAUCAAGAUUUGGAUGAGAACUUUGAAGAGGAGGGUAAUUGCUCUAAAGAAGUGAAUGAUGAUGAAGAUACUAGUAGUUUAGCAGAAGGAUUUGGCGUAUUACCGUUUGCUUAAAGUGGCAUUCAGUUAGCUUAAUACACAUUAGGUGCAAGUCAUGUCGUGGCCUACAAGAUCAAGCUUCGAUAUGGAUUGGAAGCAUUCCUGGUUAUUACCAGUGAGCUCCAUAUAAAUUGAAGAGCUAUUGGACGUCAGUUCCAGUCCCUUUCUACUGUUGUUGUCUGCGCGGUUAAAACGAGGCUGGCAAGGAGUGUGCUGAAAUUUCGUAUUUUGAUAUCGAUUUAAGGAAUAACACUAUGGUUUUACGAACUGAUAAUUUGUUUAGCGAUGCGGUCCGUUAAAACUGUUUACCACCUUCAUAGCUAUUGGACGUCAAUUUCCGCCGACUUCGCUUCACUUUUUUCAUGGGCCGAAUGACUGAAUUUCUUGCUCCAGAUAUAUAGAGCUCACUAAUUACUAUUCUAAACCCCUCCUUAUCCCCAUCCUACUCCACCUGAUCCUCCUCAACUAAUUCCAACAAAAAACUAGAGGAGUUAUUGCGACGUCAUGUCGGGGCAUUUAUAUGGAAAAUCGCCCAAAAUCUCACAUCUUGUCGACAUUACAUCAAGAUGUGUUCGCUUCAAUCUUGUACCAAGGUGUAUGUGGGUAUACUCAUUAAUAUUGAAUUACCUCUAGCCAUAGUCAAUAAGGUUAGGAAACUCGAUACAGACAUAAUAGACCUCGUUAUCUUUGACCAACCGAUAGCAGUGUGUUGGUUUAAUUACCCAGUCGUAAUAUCACGGUACACAAUGGUUAGAUGAAAACAUAGCAGCAGCUACACACGUAAAAAUCUCACAACUUGUCAACAAGAUGUGUUCGCAACAGGCUUGUAGCAAGCUUGUCAACAAGUUGUAACAAUGCUGUUAUUUUAUCAAGUUGCUACAAGCUUGUCACUCGCAACUUGUUGACAAAUUGUUGAAUUGCAGGACGAUAACAAGUUGUUGGAACAACUUGUAACAAGUCUGUUAAACUCAACAACCUUGUAGCAAGUUGUCAACAAGCUGGGAACAGGCAGUGCGAACACAUCCUGUUGACCAGUUGUUGGAACAGCAUUGCUACAAGUCUGCUGCAGGUUUGUUACAAGUACUGUAUAGUGUGUGUUUGUGACACAGCGAUUGGUCGAUUUGUCUUUCACACACGUAAAAAUCUCACAACUUGUCAACAAGAUGUGUUCGCAACGGGUUUGUAGCAAGCUUGUCAACAAGUUGUAACAAUGCUGUUAUUUUUAUCAAGUUGCUACAAGCUUGUCACUCACAACUUGUUGACAAAUUGUUGAAUUGCAGGACGAUAACAAGUUGUUGGAACAACUUGUAACAAGUCUGUUGAACUCAACAACCUUGUAGCAAGUUGUCAACAAGCUGGGAGCAAGCAGUGCGAACUCGUCCUGUUGACAAGUUGUUGGAACAGCAUUGCUACAAGUCUGCUGCAGGUUUGUGUGUACACACGUAAAAACGCACAAGUUGUAACAAACCUGCAGCAGACUUGUAGCAAUGCUGUUCCAACAACUUGUCAACAGGAUGUGUUCGCACUGCUUGUUCCCAGCUUGUUGACAAGUUGUCAACGGCUUGUUGACAAGUUUCUACAAGGUUGUUUAGCUCAACAGACUUUUGCAAGUUGUUCCAACAGCUUGUUAUCGUCCUGCAAUUCAACAACUUGUCAACAAGUUGUGAGUGACAACCUUGUAGCAACUUUAUACUAAUAACAGCGUUGUUACAACUUGUUGACAAGCUUGCUACAAGCCUGUUGCGAACAUAUCUUGUUGACAAGUUGUGAGAUUUUUACGUGUGUAACAGCUAUUAACCGUUCUAGCGAGAAUGCAAUACACACGUGACGAAGAACCGACCAUUUUUUGCACAAUCCAAGACAAAAACAUAGAUACCGUAAUAAGGUAUAUGAGGCCUGCAUCGAGUUCCCUAACCUUAUUCUAUUGAAUAUAUGCUCUAGUUUAAAAAUAUGUAAUUCUAGUAUUACGCAAUGGUGUCCCAAAAGUUUGUUUAAUCAGCUAUACAGUAUUUGAGUAGCGUAAGUUUCUAACAGAUGUAUUGUAUACUCAACUACAAGCAACAAAAAUAAAGUCAAAGUUACUAUAAAGGUUCACUUAUUGUGAACUUUUAUAUGGUCCAAUGGUCCGUUAUUUUUCAAUCAAACAGGAGUUUAUUUUGAGUUUUAAAAAAAUUAGAUUCAAGUCAAGUUCUCAAUGCCAGAUUUAUCUAUCCUUUCUGUAGCCUUCUCUUUAAUCAAUGUUGCUGCUCCUAGCAUCGCAAAAAUUCCUGUUUCUUCCUUCUUUCUUUCGAAGUUGAUCCGAUCAGAUAUUCUCGUUGCGAGGUCUUUGCAAGUGUCAAGAUGGAGACGGUUGUAGGGCUGUAUAACAAGCAGUAUGUCCAUGGAAUAGGUUAAGUCAACCGAGAUCUUGCAGAGACGUGCAUUGAUUUCAUUGUCGCCGAUGAAGGUGUAAAGUUGUUGAAGACGAUAGGAUCUG